GAAACACCACUCAUUGCAGCAUCAAAGAGCACAUGAUAACAGGAGCCAGAACGUGAAUGUCUUAUCAUAACACACUGGCACGCUUCACAUUCCAGCUUCAAGUAUAUUAGUUUUCUUCCGGACGCGUGAGGGAGUGUACGGCUCUACGGUUCUGUGCAUCGCCGGCCACAUAUACUUACUGCCAUCCGCCAAAAUGACCUGAUGGGUGAACAAUUGGUGGCGAAGAACGAAUUCUGCCGACAAAAUGUGGAGUGGAUGGGCUGUGUUAGUGUGGGCGUGGGUGUGUGUAUCGCGCCUCAGUCACGCCCACAGCACCCAGGAGGACCCGCACCUUGACCCCAAGAAGGCUGCUGUACUCACCUCCCACCUGCCGCAGGCAGACAGGCAGUACCAGCUGAGUAACCACCUGGCUCUUGAGGUGCAGGGAGGAGAGGAGGUGGCCAGGGCACUUGCUCAAAAGUACAGCCUCCACUAUGUCAGUCAGGUAUUCAAAGAUCCACCUAUCUUCCACCUACACAAACCAGUCAACAUCAAUCACCACCACCAUCACCACAGAGUGCGCCGAGCCACAUCUGACCUGGUGCAGCUUCUGGCCAAUGAACAAGGGGUCAAGUGGGUGAACCAAGAAAGAGCCAUCAUCCGGGACAAACGACACCAGAUUCCUGGGUUCCAUCACACCAGUUCCCGAGGUAGACCAGACGUGGUUGGCACACACAAGAUAAAACAGGAAGCAUACAGACACAUAAGGUUAUGGCAGGAGGAGGAGGAACUUGGCCUAUCAAGCAAAUUCAACUCACUCAGAAGGAGGAAGACACAUUCAAAUUCCAAGAAGUCACAUUCAAACUUCAGAAGAGGAGGUAAUAAUGUUGAAGAGAGCUUACUGAGCAGUGUUUCCCCACCCCACACUGACAAGACAGACAUGGCAGAACAACAGAUCCCAAGUAGCCAAAAUUUCACCACUAGCAAUGAAGAAGAGGUCAAAAAUAAUGAAGACUCUCCAGAGUUCAAUGAUCCUCUCUAUAAGGUGCAGUGGUAUCUGCACAACACAGGUCAGCUAGGUCAUGCAGGCUGUGACCUCAAUGUGACGGGGGCGUGGCGGCAGGGCUACACAGGGCAAGGCGUGACCCUCAGCAUCUUGGAUGAUGGCUUCCAGACCACCAAUGCUGACCUCGCUGCCAACUAUAACCCAGCAGUGAGCUACUCCGUGGUGCAUGAUGGACAACCUGAGAAUGACCCAUCCCCAAGGCUGGACCCUCCCAAGUACUCUAACUCCCACGGUACCUACUGCGCUGGGGUGGUGGCGGCUGUGGCCAACAAUGGUGUGUGUGGAGUGGGGGUGGCCUACAAUGCUAAAGUAGGAGGUGUGCGCAUUGUAGAUGGCACAGUGACAGAUGUGCAGGAGGCGACAGCACUGUCCAGAUACGUGGGUGAGGUGGCCGUGUUCAGCGCCUCAUGGGGACCCAAAGACGAUGGGGUCCAUGUGGAGGGUCCCGGCAGGCUGGCCAACUUGGCACUGCUGUAUGGGGUCAUGCAGGGUCGAGGGGGCCGGGGCACCAUAUAUGUGUGGGCAUCAGGUAACGGGGGCAUAAUGUCCGACAACUGUAAUCUGGACGGCUACGCUUCCUCCAUCUACACCCUCACAGUGUCAGCACUCACAGACCUUGGCGAGUCCACGUUCUACUGUGAGCCGUGUGCAUCCACCCUGGCUGGUGUGUAUGUUGGGGGCCAGCACUCUCUCAGUGAAGCCUUGGCGCACAACCAGUUCCAGACCAAAGUGGUGGUGCCGGAGUUGGACGGUCACUGCAGCAGCCGGUUCCAGGGCUCCUCAGCAGCAGCUCCUCUUGUGGCAGGAGUGGUGGCUCUUGUUCUGCAGGCCAACCCCAGACUCAGCUGGCGGGAUGUGCAGCAUCUCAUGGUGAGGGAGGCUGCCCCAACACCUGCAGCACUGAAGGAGGACGGCUGGCAAACAAAUGCUCAAGGAAAGAAAUUUCACCUCCUGCAGGGAUUUGGUGCUGUGGAUGCUGGGAGGAUGGUGGAGGCUGCUCUGACUUGGCAAAAUGUAGGGCUGCAGAAGGUGGAAAAGCUAAUGCUGUUUGAUGGAUAUAGUAAUUUCACAAAUGGCUGGAGGAACGUGAGCCAGGAGCUGCAAGUCACGUCACUCAUGGAAGGAGUCGAACAUGUUGUGGCGACCAUCACCCUCAACCACACCAAGAGGAAGCUGCUAAACAUAUACAUUGUGUCCCCAUCUGGCACGGAGUCCCAGGUCCUGACUCACCGCUCGGAGGACGUAAGUAUGUCAGGCUUCCACGGCUGGGGUUUCAUGUCCGUGCACUUCUGGGGGGAGAGGCCAGGCGGGGUGUGGACUGUGGCCAUCAAGUGUGACUCCAGACUAGCGGGCCAGUUAAUACAGGUUGAGCUAACUGUGUAUGGCUACUAGUAAUUCUAAACCAAGAGGAAAGACAAGAAAUGAAGGAGGAAAGGGGUUGAAUACAGGAAAAGAAAGGAAAAUAAUAAUAAAAGAUAAUCAGUUGAGUUAGGUGUAGUGAGUCUCUCUCUCUCUCUCUCUCUCUCUCUCUCUCGUUGAUAAACAUUUUUCUUUUAUAGUUCCUCUAAUUUUCUCGAUUCUAUCCAUCAGUUUAUUGAAUCCACACAGUUCCAUCACAUCCAUUUCCUUUUUCGUAAUAACUUGGUCUCUCUGAAAAGACACGUGUUAAUACGCUGCCCAAGGCUUUUGUUUCACCAUUCACGAUAUGCGUGUGACGAGAUCAUAUCAAUGCUGCAAUAAAGAAUUCACACAAGACGUCUUUUUCUUUCAAUUCCAACAAUCACCUUCAGUACUCUCACCACCAAUGUGCAGCUCGAUACAUUAGCAAAGGCAUUAACUACAUUGUAAUGGGUCGUGACCCGUGGAUGAGCUAAACAAGGUAAGUACAGACAUAGUUAGAGGUCAAGUAGCAUCUAUCUGUGUUUUUGCGUCUUCUUUUAGUAUUAUGUUCACUAAUCUCUUGAGAGUCUGUCUAUAAAAUCUGUUUAUAUAUUCUUAGGAGACCAUAAGAAUUGAUAUUGAAGGAAAAUACUAGAUACAAUAAUAAUAGUAAUAUAAUAAUAAUAAUAAUAAUGUACAGAAAAUAGAAAAUCACAGGUCUAAGCAUAACAUGAAAAACAUCACAUGGAAAUUCAUAACAUAGGAAGUGCUUUUCUAAAGAUUUAUUACUGCAUAAUUCACAAGGCCCACAUCCUACACAUCACAGGUCUGCUAUGAUAUUAGUAACAACAUAAUGAUAGCAACACUCACAAUAAUAACAAUAAACACAAGCUAUGAAAGAGAUAACCUGUCUGCUUGAAUUUCUGACCUGUGUGCAGUGUUGUAGCCAUUGCACUCUCAAUGCUGCCAAACACUACACACUCCAAUAAAUACUAAAUUACAUGGGGGCAAUACAGACCCAUGCUCUACGCUCACCUACAUGUGUGUGUGUAUAGUGGUACAUGGCAAGUGCACACCGCUAACACUAUCAUCAGCAGUACAGUGGUUUAUGAUAAGCAGUUCGUGUUUAUUUUCAGCUCUAAAUGCCUCGUCUGUGUAUUAAAAUAGUAAGAAUGUAGAAAUCUGUAUACUUAUUUGGAAUUUCUGGAUGGAAGUGUGUUAUAUGUGUGUUUUCUUUCUUUAUGAGCUUUGUAGUAUAUUUAAACGCAUGCACUGUUGUUAUGUAGCUACAUGAAUAUCCAGCACAAGAAAACUUGCUUCUUUUGGAACUGUAGAUGUUCAACACAAGUUACUGUUAUUGCUGUUGUGGCCUCAAUAAAAUUCUUCAAGUGAACACAGGCAAGUGUCAUGGGCCGAACAAAAUCAUUAAAGUGAACGACGUAACAUAACAUCACCAAAAUCUGAAUGCAUAUUGUACUACAUAUAUGGACAAAGGAAAAAAAUAGAUGAUAGCACACAAUUUUUUCUCCCUUUUUAACCUGACAAAACAUAAUAAAUAUAACUGAAAAACAGCCGCGUUAUAACAAAAACAGGUGCAGCUUAAGAGGAAAAAAUUCACCUUCUCCUCUUCUCUCCUCUCCACUAGCCAAAGAUGAUCUCAAGGCCUGGGGCAGAGAAAAUGGGAGUGCGGUUCCUGUCUACAUGCCUGUUGGGGUUCACAUCGAGCAUCAGGUGGUUGACAGUGUGGACAAGGCCAUUCCUGGAGGGCGCAGAGCAGUGGGUGAUGCGAGCAGGACCGGCCAUGAUCCUGCCAGAGGUGGUGCGGCGGAGGUGCACAGGGGAACCAUCCAGUGGCCUCUUGUGGUCCAUGAAGAGCCAUGUGUUGGGGUUGAUGCCGGCACAGCACACGUGUUCU